GAACCUUCUAAUAUUGUUGCGCAUUAUCAAAAUACGAUUCAUCCAUGUCCACUCCUCCCAGAUAGAUCAACCUUUCAUCUUGAACAAGAUUGAGAGGUAGCUCUGCGGGAGUGGGUCUGCGCCAAAAUACAACUAUCUUCGAUGGUGAAUUCAAGAGGGGGGACUUUCACACCUUCACCGGCGCAAACAAUUGUGACAGGAGUUAGUCAUUCACCUCACGGCUCGCAUCAUAGUACAUUCAGUGCUGGCGCAAGUCCAUCUACAAACAGUCCAAUCGGUGGCAGCGGAGUCAAUAAAAUCGUCGUCGCUCAGGUUUACCUGUUACUCGGUACAAUUAAAGAAGAUAAAGAUCGCACAAAGUGGGAACAACAAGCUGAACAGCUCAGAAAGCUAGUUGAUGAGCACGGCAUGGAAGUAUUCUCAAAAUACUUCAGCCGACUUGUGGUUGGCAACGCACCGCAGAUAUUUCCUGGCAUUAAUCGACCGGUUCUUAAUUCAGGCAACUAUCAGAUUUUGGUAAAUGAAGUACACAAGGUUGCCCAUGAUGUUGACCAGGCUGGGAAGAUUGCGGAGUCCAUAGAGACGGGGAAUGAAGACAUCUUCCGUGAUUUCGACCUUUCAACCUUUAUGGAUCAUUUUAAGCUAGACGCGCUCGAGAAGACAAUUCUAGCACUUGCAUUUAAAACUGGAUCAAGAUCAGAUCUUAAAACUAAAGCGGACGCUAUCCUGUCAGCAAAUUAUCAAGGCUUCGUAGAAGCUCUAUCUCAGGUGAAUCAAGGUCAAGAAGAUCUCACACCAUCCUUCCUCGCCACGAUAGUCGAUCGAUUUAUCCAAGGUCGUCCACCGAAUCUCGAUCGUCAAGCGCAAGUUCUACUGUUUAGAGCAAUCAGCUACCGUUUUCGCGACCAUCCAGAGCAAGACAUUCCCGCACCCACAGAAGUUCUCGCGGCGCUGUUCCUAAUGUCGAUAAUUACAGAAGGGAAUGCACUGGUAUUAUACAUACAAAAAACCGGGGCAGCGUUCACAUCAGACGAGGAGACAUGCAGAAAUUAUAUCCGACAUGCUGGGGAUAUCACUCUCGAUGAGGCACAAGUUUCUGAUGCCUUACUAUAUACUGCCAUCAGUCGAACCCCUACGUUCUCUCCGCAAGUAUUUGUUAGUAGUCUGCGCAAAGAAGUUCCCGCAGGGUUCAGUUGGCUGCAAGUUGUACAGCAUUUCGAUACGCCAGAGCUGAGAAUAUCUCCACAACAAUUUCUAGCAGUUUACGAAGCUAUUCGACCAAUUGCGCUUGAAGACCCUGCAAUUAUUCCACAACUGCUCGGUGGUGUCUGGCAAAAUACUGAAACCCAGCUUUCUUUCAUCAGCGCAUAUGCAUCCUUGAACCCACACGAGCUUGAUGCCUCCACCAUUCCAAAGCUUAGGCCAUCAUUCACACUGGACGACUAUGCCGAUGCUAAGCCAGAGGUUCGAGAGCGUGCUGAAUGGGCAGUGAGGCACCCGCUUGUGUCCGUUAUCACACUAACAUCGGUUUUCAUCGUCGCCCUCAGAGAGACCCAAUACUCAGAAACAGUUGAAGCGAAGCGAUUGUUCCAAGAAGUGGUUGUACCAAACCUAGACAUAUUCCUAGUCUCAGCAUUUGGUGUACCGCGACCGUGGCCUGAAUUAGCAGUGGAGACAAUCAACAAUCUUUUCGAACGCUUUCUAUUCAGGGUCGAUGGUCACUAUGAUUUCGUCUUGGCAAGCUUAUGGCGAAAAGACAAGACUUGGGUAGCACAACGCUUGAUGGACGCGCAUGUUAAGGCACCUCUCGAGCUUCCUCUUAUAUUAGAGCAUGCAAUAAAGCAUGAAUGGCUUCACGAACUGGCCUCCAUGCUUAAUGGCUUCGGCCUCGAUCUCGCCGCCCUAGCACACUCACGUAGCUAUCUGGACAUCAAAGACUGGAAGGCUACGAAUUCGCCACGAGAGGAAGAACUUGGCACAGCUCUAUUGACUUUCCUGAGUAUCAAAGCUCAACACGAGAUUGUAUGUCAAAAAACUUCGCAACCUCACAGUAUAAUGCUACCUGUCAAAACUGUAUUCGCCAUGCUGAAUGUCUUGGAGGAAAUUUUACCAAAAGAACCUUCUGCAGAGUUGAUUGCAGUACAGCGGACUUGUAUCACUGCAUACCCUCGUUUGAUAAAUUAUGGCCAGGAUGACGAGCUAGACCGAAUCAUUGAUAACAACGGCUUGGUGACCAACAUGCUAAGCGAAAACGCACAGCACAUGAUGGAGCAGCAUUAUAAGCAGAUGUAUAGUCAAGAGCUCAAGGUUCGGCAGAUUGUUGAUGCCUUGGCUGGUUACAAAUCUGCCCGCGACCCCUACCAGCAAGAUGUGUUUGCCUGUAUGAUCCACGGCCUUUUUGAUGAAUAUACCCUCUAUUCUACCUAUCCGCUUGAGGCUCUUGCAACAACCGCUGUUUUGUUCGGUGGUAUCAUUCAGAAUAAGCUCAUUGCUGAUCUACCCCUUGAGAUUGGUCUGGGUAUGAUUCUUGAAGCAGUCCGAGAUCACCUUCCAGAGGAAUCUAUGUACAAAUUCGGGUUACAGGCUUUAUUGCAAUUCAUACCUCGUUUAUCGGAAUGGCCUGGAUUCUGUCAUCAGUUGCUACAAGUGCCUGGUCUCGAAGGUACGGAACCUUGGAAAAGAGCACAAAAUGUCAUACACGACCAACAAGAAGACAUGUUGCGCAACGGGCAUAAUGACCUAAUGAAUGGAGGUGGAAUUACAAAUGGCAAUAUCGAUGUACUGCUCUCUGCUGAACCUUCCGCACCACCAUUCAACUCUAUCAACGUGGAUCCGCUCCCUCCAAAUGCAGACUUUAAAGAUCCCGACCCCGAAGCACAAGGCAAAGUGCAAUUUUUGUUGAACAAUAUCACCGAGGUCAACGUGCAAUCGAAAUUCCACGAAUUAAAAAGCGCCCUUGACGAGACAAAUCAAAAGUGGUUCGCUGGUCAUUUAGUAGAGGAACGAGCUAAAGUUCAGCCUAACUACCACGUCCUAUAUCUUAAACUAGUCAAACUUUUUGAAGACAAGAUCUUAUGGAACCAAUUAUUAAGAGAGACUUUUAUCAGUGUUUCCAAGCUGCUUAAUGCCGAAAGCACUUUGCAAUCUUCAAUCGACCGCACGCAUUUGAAGAAUCUCGGUGGUUGGUUAGGCUCUAUGACACUUGCUAAUGAUAAGCCUGUCAAGCACAGGAACAUUGCUUUCAAGCAACUGUUACUCGAGGCUUGCGACACGCAACGACUCAUUGUUGUCAUUCCAUUCGUUUGCAAAGUUCUCUUCGAAGGCAGAAACUCGGUUGUCUUCAAACCACCAAACCCCUGGCUUAUGGAUAUCAUUCACCUUUUGAUCGAAUUGUACCACAACGCGGAGCUUAAGCUGAACCUCAAGUUUGAAAUCGAAGUGCUCUGUAAAGGUUUGAGUCUGGAUCAUAAGAGUAUCAAGCCCUCUACAGAAUUCCAGAGCCGCAUCCCACCCAUUGAAGAGGCCACCGAGCCAAUGGCAGUACCUGAUGGUCUGGAUAGAUUCGAGAACCUUUCUGUGAAUGGUUUAGGAGGCGGAAUCGCCAGUGGCCGAUUUUCUCCGCAAGAAAUCCUUUCUACCAUGCCUGAUCUCGGACCACUUCUUACUUACCCCCCUAGCAAUGACAUGGUGAACACACGCCAAUUGCAUGAUAUUCUCAAAACCGCAAUUACUCGAGCAGUCCAUGAGAUUAUUUCGCCGGUUGUGGAACGUUCUGUCACUAUUGCUGCUAUUUCGACCGCUCAAAUGAUACACAAGGACUUUGCAACCGAGCCCAACGAAGCUCGUGUGCGCUCUGCAGCUAUCAAUAUGGUCAAGAAGACUGCUGGUAGUCUCGCUUUGGUCACUUCUAAAGAGCCGUUGCGUGCAAGCAUGACAAAUUAUAUUAGAACAUUAUCAGUCGAGCAUCAAUUACCUGAAGGUACCAUAAUCAUGUGUGUAAAUUCAAAUCUCGAUCUAGCUUGUAGCCAGGUCGAAAAGAAGGCUGAGGAACGCGCUGUUCCUGAAAUCGAAGAGAUUCUGGAGCCAGAACUAGAAGCCCGACGCCUCCAUCACAUCAGACGACCAGAUGAUCCAUACAUUGAUCCUCAACUCAGUCGCUGGGCCUGGACCAUUCCAAGCCCGUAUAAGUUGCAGCCGUCAAUGUCUGGCCUUAACCAGGAGCAAAUGGCGAUUUACGAUGAGUUUGCUCGUCAGCCGAGACUACUACCUCUGGCCGAUAGAAGCUCAGUAGCAGGCUCCUUGGCCGGUACAACCCAUGUUGCUACAGCUUCAGAUGCAACAACAUCUAUCACCAAUGAUCUUCUACGAGAUCAAUUUCCCACGGUUCCAAACCUUCCAGCACCCGCUGAAACUCCUACAAUUCCACUUGUCAACAAUCAGCAAGCUCCUUACAGCCAGCCUUCGGCUGCCCUGUCCAACGGAAGAAUGCCAAACUUGGCCAUGAACCCCCAAGGGUUGCCGGAAAAGGUGCAAAGGUUGUUGGCUGACUUACAACAAACGACUGCCGAUAUUCCUGAGCAGCACUACAUGGAUCUUCCUCGACCACAUCCUGUUAUUGAGAUCUUAGAUGCCUUGUACGGUUUAAUCAUCAGAAGCCAGCAAGGACAAGAACCUUAUGACAUCUGGAUUGCAGAGCAAAUCUGUGGAAUCGUGUUUAGUGGUAGUGAAAACACUUUGGUGAUUGAGUGCUUAGUGCAUGUACUUGAAAACAUUAUCAGGAUUGGUGGUCGUUGUGCUGUUCGUGUUUCAAUGAUCAUUGGACAGCAAGUCGGAGAAGCACUUCUCCAUGUUCCUCUGAUCAUUGCAUUGGUCAAGGCUGAAAUGAUCGAUUGGGCACGCGUCGACUUCGCUACCUCUACAGCCUUGGCAGAGCGCAAAGAAGGGACCCUAGAAUUCUUCCUUUCUCUCUUGGAGCAGGUUUUCUUAUGCGAUCGACCACUAGCACUGUAUACUGAUGUCGCGAAAAGUUUGGAAGUCGCUUUCGAAUGGAUAUCAAAAGAGCCUGACUUGGAAGUUGGCCAGCAGCUCAAGGAGAAGCUUGCAGCUUCUGCCCUUCCAAAAAGCGUCGGCCGCGGCCAAAAUGAACGACUUGCCUUUCGUCAAGAUCAAAUGGAAUAUGUCUUCGAGGAGUGGAUUCACUUGUUCAGCAACCCCAUUGCUCCGGAGAGAGCGGCGCUGGUAUUCAUAUCUCACAUGUACAACAGACAGCUUAUCAACGAUAAGGAAGACCUUUGCCUUUUCUUGCGCCUUUCGAUUGAUACAUCAGUCGAACGUUUUGAACAACAAAUUCAAAUGCAUGGCUUCCUUAAUGAUGCCUACAUCCCUAUUGACGCGUUGGCAAAGCUUAUAUCUCUUCUAGUAAGGGGCUAUGAGCGUGAAGGUGAAGUGAAGGGCGACAAAGCUGCGUUCUUGGAAUCAGUUCUGUCAGUCAUAACGUUGGUUUUGAAUCAUCAUCAUGUCAUGCGGGGCGAAGGUUUCAAUCAGAAGGUCUUUACACGACUUCUUUCUUCCAUGCUCUGUCACUUGAAUACCUUCUCAGCUGAUUUAUCCGAAACGGAGAACCGCCAAAUCAUCUUGACAUUCGCUGAAAAGCUCAUCAAACUUCAACCAGCUUACUUCCCAGGCUUUGUAUACGGUUGGAUGACCUUAAUCUCUCAUCGCUUCUUCCUUGUACCAUUGAUGGGACUUCCGGAUGAUAUGGGGUGGCAACCAUUUGCAAAACUUGCGGAGUGUUUACUAUCCUAUACAGGCGAGCUACUGAAGCCAUUACAGUUGACAUUGGCGGCAAGGGAUAUUUAUCAAGGGGUUCUCAAGUUCUUUCUUGUGUUACAACAUGAUUACCCUGACUUCGUAGUUGCAUACUCGUCAAAGUUAUGUGCCAAUGUUCCAAGUCAUUGUGUUCAAUUGUUGAAUCUCAUUCUCAACGCUCACCCAACGAAGAUCCAGCUACCAGAUCCAUUACAGCCAGGAUUGAAAAUUGAACGCAUUGAAGAGAUCCGCAUGUCACCAGAAAUUGUCAACAGCAUUGAUAUUGAAGGAACCUUACAAUCAACUGGUUUGUAUGAGAUUCUCGAACAAGCAUUACAAAAUGGCCCCUCAGAAGAUGCGGUGGCCCACAUUACACAUACUAUACAACGGAAGCAAACCGAAGUGAGCGGUCCAGGAUUUGUACCUGUCAAUGUCGACUUGCAGCUUAUUGAGUCUAUCGUUCUACACAUCUGUAUGUACGCUGUUACAAGAGCAAGCCAAAAGGGAGAGCUCAAUAGUUUUGCUCGCGGUUCUACUGAUGCUGCUUUGCUCUCGAUGCUUGUUCACGAACUCAAUCCAGAAGCUCGACAUUAUCUUUUGACCAGCAUAGUCAACCAACUUCGUUUUCCUAACGCCCACACAAACUACUUCGUGCAAGCGCUCCUGGAACUAUUUGGAAAUGACGUCAAUGAUCAAGAGGAGUCCGAUAUCAGCCAACAAAUUCUCCGGGUUUUGUUAGAAAGAGCGUUCGUUUCCCUACCGAUCCCUUGGGGCGUACUUAACAUGGUCAUCGAACUCGCCAAGAACGAAAAUAAAUACAAAUUCUUUGACUUGCCAUAUAUCAAGUCGACACCAGAGGUCGCUGAACGAAUUGCUGUUAUCGUGCAGCGUUCUCUCUCAAGAUAAAGUUACACACCAUCAACCAGAUCUGGAUAAUUUGAUUCUGGCACAAACAUAUAGAUGUGUCGCACCAGUGAUUGAAAUUUUCAAGAUCUGUCUCAUUGUUACAUAACCUCUUAGGUCACAUUCGGCGUUUCAUGUUACAGAUCUUUCCGGUUUGUCUACUGCAUAGCGAGUGAAAGGAAUUGGGAUUUUUGCAAGAUCUGCUAUACUUAUGGUGGGAACAGGGAACGACAAAAAACUUUUAUUUAAUGCAUCUUACAUGAUUAAUGUUUCCUUGCCUACCUUCUGUAUGACAGAAAUUUAAGGGUGGGCAAAAAAUCUGGUGGCGUGGGGAAAACAGACAUAUGGCGUGGGAAUGGUUUGGCUUACUUGCUGUUACGUGGGAAGGCGGCAAACUUUUAUGUAUCAUAAAUGGAGUUCAAUAUAUUUUUCUGGACAUACUCACAUUCGUUUGUGACGAUCGUUCUCCUUUAUUCCUACGAGAUUAACUACCGACAAUCUUUCUUGGGUGGAUUCAUUUUUAUUAUUAUGACGAUGUGGUCA